AUGGGUUACCACCACUAUCCAUUCUCUCGCACGAUACCCACCGCGCGCUCGUGCAGGCCGGCCGUCUUCCGAUCACAGAUUACUCUCGUAUUUGGCGGGGCGCCCGAUUUCAGAGAGAGGGAGCGAGGAGAGAGGAUGAGGGCGCCUGCGCGCGCUCUCCUCGUCGUCUUCGCCGCCACCUGCCUCUCCGUCUCCAUCGCCACCGACACCAUCGACCAGGCCGCGUCCAUCACCGGCAACCAGACGCUGGUCUCGGCCGGUGGAAUCUUCAGGCUCGGCUUCUACAACCCGCCCGGCAGCUCCGAUGCCAGAGCCUACCUCGGCAUUUGGUACGCGGCCAUCCCGGUACAGACCGUCGUGUGGGUCGCCAACCGCCAGAGCCCGGUCGUCAGCUCCCCCGGCGUCCUCAAGCUCUCCCCAGACGGCCGCCUGGUCAUCGUCGACGGCCGGAACGCCACCGUCUGGUCCUCCCCGGCGCCCACCAGAAACGUAACCGCCAAGACCACCGCUCAGCUCCUCGACGACGGCAACUUCGUCCUGAGCUCUGACGGGAGCGGCUCGCCACAGAGCGUGGCGUGGCAGAGCUUCGACUACCCGACGGACACGAUGCUCCCCGGCAUGAAGCUCGGGGUGGACCUCAGGAGCGGCAUCGCCAGAAACAUCACGUCGUGUAGAAGCCCGACCGACCCCUCGCCGGGGAGCUACACGUUCAAGCUGGUCAUGGGCGGGCUGCCCGAGUUCUUCCUCUUCCGCGGCCCGGAGAGGAUCUACGCGAGCGGGCCGUGGAACGGCGUGGUGCUCACCGGCGUGCAGAACCUCAACGCCGAGGGCUACACGUUCAAGGUCGUGUCCAACGCCGAGGAGACGUACUACGCCUACUACGUCAGCGACCCGUCGGCGCUGUCGCGGCUGAUCCUGGACGGCGCGACGGGGCAGCUGCAGAGCUACGUGUGGGGCAACGGCGCGUGGAGCAGCUACUGGUACCACCCCAGCGACCCGUGCGACAGCUACUACAAGUGCGGGGCGUUCGGUUUCGGCGUGUGCGAGGUCGGCCAGCCCCCCAGGUGCAGCUGCCUGCCGGGGUUCAAGCCGCGGUCGCCGGAGCAGUGGGAGCAGAGGGGCUGGUCCGGCGGCUGCACCAGGAGCGCCAACCUGAGCUGUGGGGCUGGAGACGGCUUCUGGCCGGUGAACCGGAUGAAGCUGCCGGAGGCGACGGAAGCGACGGUGCGCCCCGACAUGACCCUGGCCGAGUGCAGGCAGCUGUGCCUGGGUAACUGCAGCUGCACGGCGUACGCCGGCGCCAACAUCAGCGGGGGAGUCAGCCACGGGUGCGUCGUUUGGGGCGUGGAUCUGCUUGACAUGAGGCAGUACCCGGUGGUCGUGCAGGAUGUGUACAUCCGGCUCGCACGUUUCGAGAUCGACGCCUUGAAAGCCGCAGCUAACAGUCAACGUCCGAAAAGGAACGUGGCGAUCCCCGUCGUCGCCACUAUUUUCGGCGUGCUUCUCAUGGUGGCGGUUGCCUGCUGCUAUUUCUUGAGAACCAAGGCGAUCACAAAGCGUCAGACCGGAAUGCCACCAAGUACAAGGGGCGACGUGUUUCCCCUAGGGGUCAGGAAACAUUCAGCGCUGAGCACAGCACAGGAUCGACAGCUCAAUGAGAGCAGGAUGAGCAGCGAAAAAGAUCUUGAACUUCCGUUAUUCGAUCUAGAAGUGAUUCUAGCUGCAACAGACAACUUCUCUGCGGAUAGUAAGAUAGGACAAGGUGGAUUUGGCCCUGUUUAUAUGGCAAAACUUGAAGAUGGACAAGAAGUAGCAGUAAAAAGGUUAUCCAAGAAAUCAGUACAGGGGGUUGUGGAGUUCAAGAACGAGGUAAAACUGAUAGCAAAGCUUCAACAUAGGAACCUCGUGAGGCUGCUAGGCUGCUGUAUCGACGACCAAGAGAGAAUGCUAGUGUACGAGUUCAUGCACAACAACAGCCUAGACACGUUCAUAUUUGAUGAAGGAAAGCGCAAGCUACUAGGAUGGAAGAACCGAUUUGAGAUCAUUCUGGGGAUUGCACGGGGUUUGCUAUAUCUCCAUGAGGAUUCAAGGGUCAGGAUAAUCCAUAGGGAUUUAAAGGCAAGCAAUGUGUUACUAGACAAGAACAUGAUUCCCAAAAUCUCAGACUUUGGUAUUGCAAGAAUGUUUGGAGGUGAUCAGACAACUGCAUAUACCACAAAGGUCAUCGGGACAUACGGCUACAUGUCUCCAGAAUAUGCAAUGGAUGGCGUGUUCUCUAUGAAAUCCGAUAUCUAUAGCUUCGGUGUACUGGUGCUAGAGAUUGUCACUGGCAAGAAGAAUCGUGGAUUUUAUGAUGAUGAGCUUGAUCUGAGCCUCCUUGGUUAUUCGUGGAAGUUGUGGAAAGAAGGUGAGACUGCGGAUUUACUAGAUGAAGCAAUGGCCGGCUCGAUUGACUACAGUGUGGUGCUCAGAUGCAUACAGGUUGCUCUCCUAUGUGUUGAAGUGCAUCCUAAGAACAGGCCAUUGAUGUCUUCCGUUGUCAUGAUGUUGAGCAGUGAGAAUGCAACAUUGCCAGAGCCAAAUGAGCCUGGGGUAAAUAUUGGGAGGAGCACGGACACGGAUUAUUCUCAAACCCACACUGGAACCAUUUUUACAGGGGAUGCAAUGAAUGAUAGGUAG